CCGCGGGGACGAACUCAGGAUGCCGCCGCUGCUGCGAGCGGGCCGCGCCUGGGGCCGGGUGGGCCUGCCCGGGCUGGGCCGGGCCUCGGGGCACCAGCGCCGCCGCAGUAGCACUUUUGAUGUGGUGGUGGUUGGUGGUGGAAUUGUGGGGCUUGCAUCUGCCAGAGAGCUCAUUCUGCGACACCCAUCGCUCACGUUCAGUGUGCUGGAAAAGGAGAAGGAGUUAGCAUGCCAUCAGAGUGGACAUAACAGUGGUGUUAUUCAUAGUGGAAUUUACUACACACCUGGAUCUCUGAAAGCUAAAUUGUGCGUGCAGGGUGCAGCCCUCUGCUAUGAAUACUGUGACCGAAAGGGAAUUCCAUACAAACAGUGUGGCAAGCUAAUAGUAGCUGUUGAACAAGAAGAAAUUCCAAGACUCAAAGCACUGUAUGAGAGAGGGCUGCUGAACAAUGUCAGAGAUCUGAAACUGAUAAGCGCAAAAGAAAUACAAGCAAAGGAGCCCUUUUGCAGGGGUGUGAUGGCCCUUGAUUCCCCACACACUGGCAUUGUGAAUUAUAGACAAGUGGCCCUGUCCUAUGCAGAAGAUUUCCAGGAAGUGGGUGGUGCAAUCUUGACUGAUUUUGAAGUAACAAACCUGGAGAUGGCUAAAGAAAGUCCUUCAGAAAGUGAAGACGGAAUGAAAUAUCCAGUUGUUCUUAGAAACUCUAAGGGAGAGGAAGUCCGCUGUCAACAUAUCGUGACCUGUGCAGGUCUUUACUCAGACCGCCUGUCCGAAAUUAGUGGAUGCAGCCGUGAGCCUCGCAUUGUGCCCUUUCGUGGCGACUACUUGGUGUUAAAGCCAGAAAAAUGCUAUAUGGUUAAAGGACACAUUUAUCCAGUUCCUGAUCCUCAGUUUCCCUUUCUGGGAGUUCAUUUCACACCAAGGAUGGACGGCAGUGUUUGGCUUGGUCCUAAUGCAGUGCUAGCCUUUAAGCGAGAGGGUUAUAAAUUGUAUGACUUCAGUGCCAGAGACUUUAUAGAUGCAGUUGUAUAUAGUGGUUUAUGGAAACUGGUGUUCAGAAACGUCUCUUACGGAAUGAGUGAAAUGUACAGAGCAUGUUUCCUUAGUGCACAGGUGAAGCAACUUCAGAAGUUUAUCCCUGAAGUUACCAUCAGUGAUAUACUCAGGGGUCCAUCUGGAGUAAGAGCCCAGGCCUUGGACCAGGAUGGAAAUUUGGUAGAUGACUUUGUAUUUGAUGGAGGCACUGGCGAUAUUGGAAGCAGAGUUCUUCAUGUCAGAAAUGCCCCAUCUCCUGCCGCUACCUCCUCCCUUGCCAUUGCAAAAAUGAUUGCAGAUGAAGUGGAGCGAAGAUUUGGCUUGUGAAAUGAACCGGCACCGCACUGGUUGUAUCUACUCUUGGUUAGCUGUGUGACUGCACUAAAUGAAGUCUGCAGUUUGUCAGAGUGAAGAUAAAUUGGAAGUCGUCUUGCUCGGCAGAUGAACGCUGUCGUUUAGGCUGUACUAUACAAAACUGACAUUUCAGUUGUUUGCCUCCAUAAGCCUUUACUUCUCUACUUACUAAAUAUAGGAGAUGUGAGAUCAGAUAUGUCCUGGGGGAAUGGAGAGCACCCCCAAAAUACUGUUUUAAUGGGGGGACAGGAAUCAGUGAGUGCCCAGCUGGAAGAGAGAAAAGAGCCACCUUCAACUGCAGAGGCAAUGACAUCUCCUUCCCCACCAAAGAGCUGCCUCUCUGCACAGGGUGCUAGCACUAACUGCUGCUCUAUGGUCACUAGAGGGCUGUAGGAGGAACAGAAAGAGUCAUUGCCAAAUGGGCUGCCCGCACUCCGAUUUCCCAUGUUCUCUGGUUUAAACAGGACCUCCCAGCAUCUCCACUGCAGCAAGGUGGCCCUUGAGGCAUCAUGGCCAGGGAGAGGCUGUGAUGGUCCCUCCCUCUUUCAAGAGAUUAGAGAAUUCACCUCCCCACUAAUGAACAAAAUGAGAAAAACUGAUGAACGCCCUUUAAGGAAUGUGGAAUAUGGAAGUACCAUAAACAAUCCUUUGUCAUUGCAUCAUUGGGGAGCUGCUGAAAGUGUUAUUUGACAUUCAGAGCUUUCUCCCAUAAUGCAGAGUACCUGAGAUAGGCACAAGCCCAACAAUUGGUUUUAUAUUUCCUUUGGAUGUCUUGCCUGGUUUACAUAUGCACACAGUCAUUCAUAGUCCAGAUGAGCUAGACAAGCACUGUCUGCCUACAGAGAUCAGAGAUAGAUAAAUAAAAGCCAUUUUUAUAAAAACAAAACAUGGCGGUCAGUGAAGAGCAACUAAUUAUUACGGACAGAUAAUGCAAAAUGAGCUUGCUUUUGUGCAGCAUAUUGAGCAUUCGGAUGAAAAUCUACUUCGUAAAAACAAUGUGAAAGGGAGGAAGUUACAGAAACCUGUCUUUAGUUGAGUCAUUUUGUACAUUACUUUCACUGCGAGUCCAAAUAGCAGUGAGUCAUGAAAGUUUCCCACUUCCAGUCAUCUGUUGGUAGGAGGGGACCUUCAAGAGCACACUGAUUGGUAUCAAUGAAAGACACACUUGUGAGCUUUGUAUUUCCUCUCACACUUGCUGCUUCAAACACUAUGAAAUGUUUUCAGAAGUGUGCCUGGAAGUGAAACUGUUCCCUGGAAUGUGGAGAAUGUUCAUUAAAAUCUGGUGACUUAAAACAACCUCUUUCCUAACUGAACUAUGAGUGUCUUAGUAUGUACAACAUAAUUACUACAAAAAAGAUAAUUGUAUGGCCCCAGGGACAUAAUGCUGCAAAGUACUCUUUAAAAGCAUGUGUGCCUGAGAUGUUGGGAAAUGGAGAUAAUUAAGGGUGGUUAGCUACCAGACAAUUUGGCCCUUUUUUUUUUUUUUUUUUUUUUUUUUAAAGAUUACCUUCUAAAUUUCUGUUGUAUACGUACAUUGCAUUGUGUUAGCACAGGAAUUCAGGUACAUAAACAGAUUCUAUGUCUCUGGUGUACUUGAGAACUCCCAGUAAACUUAAUAUGUCAAUUUAUAAACCCAAAUAAUUAGCCUCUUGAAGAGAAAUCUUUAUGCACAUUAUUUUUAACCAAAAUAAACUAGAAUGGGAUUCUGCAUGCUUCAAAUACUAACGCAGUAUGGUUGAGCAAGAGUCUUAGCUGCACAGCUAAAAUAGGUCCUGUCACCAAGUGUUACCUAUCAACAGUAAAUACAAGAAGAUUGCGAAGUAACUUCCUCCUACGUGAGGUGCGGCUCUAACAUGUAUUAACAGAAUAAAGAAUGUUAAAAAGUAAACCAGUCGUGCACUUUGACUCUUCAAUCAGGGAGUUUAACUGUACAGCCUGAUCGUUUUAUAAGGAAUUCUCUUUUAAUUAAAUUUCAGUGAAAUAACUGUUUGGCUAAAGCUUAUUAGAUGCUUUUUUAGUUCUGAAUCUUUUAUCAAAUUAUGUAAAAUAGUCUUUAUUUCUGCUGAGAGUUGUAAACAAUUUUUUUUAAAGGAAACAUUUUAAAAUUCUGUAAAUUGCUACAGUAGUGGUGUUAGCAUAUAAGUGAAGCUUUGUCCAAGAAGUGUGAAUAAAAUGUCCAGUUCGCUUGUAUUGGUCCAA